AUGCACAUGAUUAAUCAACUUCUAUCGUGGGAGCAGAUUCUGACUUACACUACAGAGAUUCGAGAUUUGAUUUUUCAUUUUGCCUGUAGACCGAGCAGACUUCUUGAGAUAGAGAUGGCACUUCUAAACGGAAAUCGGACGACUCAUAUUCACAUUGUCGAUCGUGAAAAAAUUCGUUCUUGUUUUUUCCAGCACAUUCCAAUCGAUCGUGAUGGCAAGAACGGCUGUGAGCGAAGUGCAGGCGUUAACGUUAUACAAAAGUCGCCAACACCAACAGGAGAAACUGAGACGACACAAAUCGUAGGACGCGACUACAUAGCAAUGCAGAG